CUAAAAAGCAGUGAACUGUACCAGUUGUCAGUGUCACAGUGUCACGUCAUCACGUCAACAAAAGUUAAAAUUUUCUUUGAAAAUUUGCUAGAAAUUAAAAAACAAAUUAAAUUAAAUUACCAUUUUAUUAUUAUUUGAAAUUAUAUAAAAAUGUCCAGUCAACUAGCAAAAGAAGACAUCGAAACUGUUUUUUACAGACUGAGGUCCAUUUCGUCAAACAAGGUCUGUUUCGAUUGUGGAGCAAACAAUCCAACAUGGUCCAGUGUAUCCUAUGGAGUCUUCUUGUGUCUGGAUUGCUCAGCCGUCCAUAGAAGUUUGGGGGUCCAUUUGAGUUUUGUACGUUCCACACAAUUGGAUACCAACUGGACACAGCUGCAAAUACGUCAGAUGCAAUUAGGGGGCAAUGCUGCUGCUACACAGUUUUUCCUCCAACACAAUUGCAAUACGAAUGACGCUCAAAAAAAGUACAACUCAAGAGCUGCCCAGCUUUAUAGAGAGAAACUCCAGCAAGCUGCAUUGAAUUCUUUAAAAAACAAUGAACAGCUGCUUAUCACUCAGGAAAAAGUGGAACCGGAGCCAGUCAAAGAACUAGAUUUUUUUGAAAAUCACGAAGAUUUUAUUGCUGGCGACUUUCCAGAAAAAGAUAUUGAAGUUAUUAAACCAAAAAUCCAAGAGAAACAAACCCCUCUUAGUAGCAGUGCAAACCUAGUCACUGAACCUAAAAAGUCAGCACUUGGUGCACGAAAAGCUCCAACUAAGAAAUCCACUUUAGGAGCAAAACGUACUGGUUUAGGUGGCCUCGGAGCCACCAAAGUCAAAACUGACUUUGCAGCUUUGGAAAGAAAAGCUGAACUUGCUGCAGAAAGGGAAGAACAAGGUCGAAUUGAAUCAGUGCAAGCCAUAGCACGGGCAGCAGAAGAUGCUGAACGUGCUGAAGCAGCUUUAAGACUUGCAUAUAGGGAAAGAGAAGAAACUGUAAAAAAUGUCCCUGCAGAAAAAGCAGCUCAAAGUGAAAGAUUAGGCAUGGGCGUUACUAAAAACUCAAGAAGCGGAGUAUCACACUCUGCCUUUGGUGAUAUGCAAGCUAUUGAACAGGAAAAACCAGCUUCAUCCUCUAAAACCCUAGACACUUUAGGAAGACUUUCCCUAAACGACAGCCCUGAUUAUUUUGACGACUACAUAAACGGCACUGGUGUUUAUUCAUCAUCUUCUCUAGCCAAAGACAAUUGGGUGGUGGUCGAUGAUCCUCCGGAACGCGAACGUCGCCAGCCAAUAGAAAGCGUCAGCGAGAAAUUACGGAGGGCACCAAGAAAUCAACCCUCUGAAGUAAGCAACAGCGACGAAGCUCAAAGAAAAUUUGGCAACGCCAAGGCGAUUUCUUCCGCUCAAUAUUUUGGUGACAAUAGUAUGGAUUCUGAAACUAAAGCUACACUCAAUAGAUUCCAGGGAUCCAAUAGCAUUUCUUCUGCCGAAUUUUUCGGAAGGAAUGAGGAAAGGCCUGGAGCAGGGUCUGCUCAUAUGCCUGCUUAUGAUUUGGAGGAAGUUAAGGAAAGUGUGCGUCAAGGUGUGACUAGGGUAGCUGGAAAAUUGGGAUCUUUGGCCAAUGGACUUGUGACCUCGAUACAGGAUAGAUACGGAUACUAGCAGGAAGCCGAUUGGCUGGAAAAUGCCGUUACUUGAUUUCUAGGAAACUGUUGUACUUUUUGAAAGCUAGUAGUUAAUUAGAGGUUUCUAUUUGUAUCUGCGACAAAUAAAAACCUCAGAUAAUACAUUUAUUUUAUUUAUAAUAUUAUGACAAAAAAUCACUGUUAUUUUCAUUGUUGGAAUAUGCCUUUCAUUACAUAAUAAACGUCACUACAGUUUUAUAUUUUCUAUACUUAUUUUAUAUUUCUUAGUAGCUGUAAUUAUAUAAAUAAAUAAUAUUAUUGUAAUUAAUAAGUGCCCAUUAUUAUUAUUAUUAUUAUAUUGUCUUGAGUUCAGUUGCUUGUUAGAAUAAUUAAUAUGUACAAAUAAAAAUAGCUGUAAAUAAAUAAAUAAAAAAAAGGUGCGAGACAUAAAUAUUUAUAUAUUUUUUUCCCACACACACAAAACUUAACCUAAACAUUAAAAAAACUAUUAAUACUACAUUGUUAUAUUUUUUGAUUUUUGUAUACAGGGGGCGAAAUUCUGCCCAAUGAUUUUGCAGAAUCUUUUGGCUCUUCCUUACUGCUAUAAAAUACCAAAUCACUAUCCCUUCGGAACAUUUCAAAUUUUUCAUUCAAAUGUUGCAGCUCCUGUAUAGAUGUUGCUCUACAGGAAGCGGUUUCUUCUGGCACAUUAUCUUC